AUGGCAAGAAAGAAAUUUAGUGGAUUAGAAAUCUCUCUGAUUGUCCUCUUUGCCAUAGUUACCAUAAUAGCAAUUGCCCUAAUUGCUGUUUUAGCAACUAGGACAUCUGCAACUAACGAAAUUAGUGGUUCUACUACUUCAAGUCCAGCUACGACUGCAGAUCCUUCUGAAUUAGGAAAAUGUCCAGAUGACCUAAAUGAUACUGUCAAUGAGAGAAUAAACUGCAUUCCAGAACAAUUUCCAACACAGGUAACUUGUGAACAGCGAGGCUGCUGCUGGAAGCCAUGGAAUGACUCUGUUAUUCCUUGGUGCUUCUUCGCAGAUAACCAUGGCUACAAUGUUGAAGGAGACACUACAACAACAAAUACUGGACUUGAAGCCACAUUAAACAGGAUAUCUUCACCUACACUCUUUGGAAAUGACAUUAGCAGUGUUCUUUUAACAACUCAAAAUCAGACACUCAAUCGUUUCCGGUUCAAGAUUACUGAUCCAAGUAAUACACGAUAUGAAGUUCCUCAUCAGUUUGUAGAAGAAUUUACUGGACCCACACCUUCUGAGACAUUGUACGAUGUGCAGGUUACUGAAAGCCCAUUUAGUAUUAAAGUUAUUAGGAAAAGCAAUAGCAGAACUUUGUUUGACACCAGCAUUGGUCCCCUGGUGUACUCUGACCAGUAUUUACAGAUUUCCACCAGACUUCCCAGUGAAUAUAUUUAUGGUUUUGGGGAACAUGUUCAUAAGAGAUUUCAUCAUGAUUUAUAUUGGAAAACAUGGCCAAUCUUUACUCGAGAUCAACUUCCUGCUGAUAAUAAUAAUAAUUUAUAUGGCCAUCAAACAUUCUUCAUGUGCAUUGAAGAUACUACUGGAGAGUCAUUUGGUGUUUUUUUAAUGAACAGCAAUGCAAUAGAGAUUUUCAUCCAGCCUACUCCUAUAGUAACUUACAGAGUUACUGGUGGCAUUCUGGACUUUUAUAUUUUUCUAGGAGAUACACCAGAACAAGUAGUUCAACAAUAUCAAGAGCUCGUUGGACUACCAGCACUGCCGGCAUAUUGGAGUCUUGGAUUCCAACUGAGUCGCUGGAAUUAUGGGUCACUAGAUGUAGUGAAAGAAGUGGUAGAAAGAAACCGGGAAGCUGGCAUACCAUUUGAUACACAAGUCACUGAUAUUGACUAUAUGGAAGACAAGAAAGACUUUACUUACGAUGAAAAUGCAUUUAACGGGCUCCCUGAAUUUGUUCAAGAUUUGCAUGACCAUGGACAGAAAUAUGUCAUCAUCUUGGAUCCUGCAAUUUCCAUAGAUACACGUGCAGAUGGAACAGCAUAUGCAACCUAUGACAGGGGAAAUGCAGCAGGUGUGUGGGUAAAUGAGUCAGAUGGCACUACAGCACUUAUUGGAGAGGUAUGGCCAGGAUCAACAGUAUUCCCUGAUUUCACUAAUCCAAGCUGCAUAGAUUGGUGGGAAAAUGAAUGCAGUGUUUUCUAUCAAACAGUGAAAUAUGAUGGACUUUGGAUUGACAUGAAUGAAGUUUCCAGCUUUGUUCAAGGCUCAAAUACAGGAUGCACUGACAACACGUUGAAUUAUCCACCUUUUACUCCAGAUAUUCUUGACAAACUCCUGUAUUCUAAAACAAUUUGCAUGGAUGCUGUGCAGUACUGGGGGAAACAGUAUGAUGUUCAUUGCCUCUAUGGAUACAGCAUGGCGAUAGCCACAGAGAGAGCUUUACAAACAGUUUUUCCUGAUAAGAGAAGCUUUAUUCUUACUCGGUCAACGUUUGCUGGAUCUGGACACUAUGCUGCACAUUGGUUAGGAGACAAUACUGCUUCAUGGGAACAAAUGAAAUGGUCUAUUGCUGGAAUGUUAGAGUUCAGUUUGUUUGGAAUACCUUUGGUUGGAGCAGAUAUUUGUGGAUUUGAUGGUGAAACCACAGAAGAACUUUGCAGAAGAUGGAUGCAACUUGGGGCAUUUUAUCCAUUCUCCAGAAACCACAAUAGUGACGGAUAUGAGCAUCAGGAUCCUGCAUUUUUUGGACAGAAUUCACUUUUGGUUAAUUCAUCAAAGCACUAUUUAACUAUUCGUUAUACCCUAUUACCUUUCCUCUAUACUCUGUUUUAUAAAGCCCAUGUGUUUGGAGAAACAGUAGCAAGGCCAGUUCUUCAUGAGUUUUAUGAGGAUACAAACACCUGGACUGAGGAUACUCAGUUUUUGUGGGGGCCCUCAUUACUUAUAACUCCUGUUUUAACAGAGGGAGCAGAUACAGUGAGUGCAUAUAUCCCUGAUGCUACUUGGUAUGAUUAUGAAACUGGUGCAAAAAGGUCUUGGCAAAAAGAAAGUGUUGAUAUGUAUCUUCCAGCAGACAAAAUAGGAUUACAUCUUAGAGGAGGUUAUAUCAUCCCCAUUCAACAACCAGAUGUAACAACAACAGCAAGCCGUCAAAAUCCCCUAGGACUUAUAAUUGCAUUAGAUGAAAAUAACACAGCAAUAGGAGACCUUUUCUGGGAUGAUGGAGAAACUAGAAAUACCAUAGAGAAUGACAACUACAUAUUCUAUACAUUUUCAGUUUCUAAUAACAUUUUAAGUAUUACAUGCACACAUGCAACAUAUGAGGAAGGAACUACCUUAGCAUUUGAGACAAUAAAAGUUCUUGGGUUGACAGACACUGUUACAGAAGUUCAAGUGGCAGAAAACAAUGAAGCAAUGAGUGAUCACGGACAUUUUACUUAUGAUGCUUCAGACCAGUUUCUUCUAAUUACGAAUCUCAGCCUUAACCUUGGAAAAAGCUUUUAUGUUCAAUGGAAUCAAAUUUACUCAGAAAAUGACACAUUUAACUGUUACCCAGAUGCAGACACCGCAACUCAAGAAAAGUGUGAACAACGUGGUUGUUUAUGGAGAGAGAUUACUUCUGGAUCCAGUGCACCUGAAUGUUACUUUCCAAGAGAAGACAACCCUUAUUUAGUCGCGUCAACUCAGUAUUCAUCAACGGGUAUUACAGCUGACCUCCAAUUAAAUACUGAAAAUGUUAGAUCAAACCUACCUUCUGAACCCAUCUCAACUCUUCGUGUGGAGGUGACAUAUCACAAAAAUGAAAUGCUACAGUUUAAGAUUUAUGAUCCCCAAAACAGCAGAUAUGAAGUUCCAGUACCAUUAAAUAUUCCAACCACUCCAACAAGUACUUAUGAAAACAGACUUUAUGAUGCUGAAAUCAAAGAAAAUCCUUUUGGCAUCCAGAUUCGACGUAGAAGCAGUGGAAGAGUUAUUUGGGAUUCUCGCCUGCCUGGAUUUACUUUUAAUGAUCAGUUUAUUCAGCUAUCUACUAGACUGCCAUCAGAAUAUGUUUAUGGUUUUGGGGAAGUGGAACACACAGCAUUUAAGCGAGAUCUGAACUGGCAUACUUGGGGAAUGUUCACAAGAGAUCAACCCCCUGGUUAUAAACUUAAUUCCUAUGGAUUUCAUCCCUAUUACAUGGCUUUGGAAGAGGAGGGCAAUGCUUAUGGAGUUCUCUUACUCAACAGCAAUGCAAUGGAUGUUACAUUCCAGCCAACUCCUGCUCUAACUUACCGCACAGUUGGAGGAAUCUUGGAUUUUUAUAUGUUUUUGGGCCCAACUCCAGAAGUUGCAACACAGCAGUACCAUGAAGUAAUUGGCCAUCCAGUAAUGCCACCUUAUUGGGCCUUAGGAUUCCAAAUUUGUCGCUAUGGAUACAAAAAUACUUCAGAGAUUGUGGAAGUAUACGAAGGAAUGGUGGCUGCUCAGAUCCCCUACGAUGUUCAAUACACAGACAUUGAUUACAUGGAAAGGCAACUAGACUUUACAAUUGAUGAAGAAGCAUUCCAUGACCUUCCUCAGUUUGUUGACAGAAUAAGAGGAGAAGGAAUGAGAUACAUAGUUAUCCUGGAUCCAGCAAUUUCAGGAAAUGAAACAAGACCUUACCCUGCAUUUGAUAGAGGAAUAGAGAAAGAUGUCUUUGUCAAAUGGCCUAACACCAAUGAUAUUUGCUGGGCAAAGGUUUGGCCGGAUUUGCCAAAUAUAACAAUAGAUGAUACUCUAACUGAAGAUGAAGCUGUUAAUGCUUCCAGAGCUCAUGUAGCUUUUCCAGAUUUCCUCAGGAAUGCCACAGCACAGUGGUGGGCAAGGGAAAUUAUAGAUUUCUACAAUGACCAGAUGAAGUUUGAUGGCUUGUGGAUUGAUAUGAAUGAACCAUCAAGUUUUGUAAAUGGAACAACUACUAAUGAAUGCAGGAAUGUAGAUCUAAAUUAUCCACCUUAUUUCCCAGAACUCACAAAAAGAACUGACGGAUUACAUUUCAGAACAAUGUGCAUGGAAACUGAGCAGAUUCUUAGUGAUGGAUCAUCAGUUUUGCAUUACGAUGUUCACAAUCUGUAUGGAUGGUCACAAAUAAAACCUACUUAUGAUGCAUUACAGAAGACAACUGGCAAAAGAGGGAUUGUCAUUUCUCGUUCCACAUAUCCUACUGGUGGACGGUGGGCAGGACACUGGCUUGGAGACAACUAUGCACGAUGGGACAACCUGGAUAAAUCGAUCAUUGGUAUGAUGGAAUUUAGUCUCUUUGGAAUAUCAUAUACUGGAGCAGACAUCUGUGGUUUUUUCAAUGAUUCGGAAUAUCAUCUCUGUACCCGCUGGAUGCAGCUUGGAGCAUUUUAUCCAUACUCAAGAAAUCACAACAUUGAAAAGACUAGAAGACAAGAUCCUGUUUCUUGGAAUGAAACUUUUGCUACUAUGUCAAGGGACAUUCUAAAGAUUAGAUACAACUUAUUGCCCUUUUUCUAUACACAAAUGCAUGAAAUUCAUGCUAAUGGUGGCACUGUUAUCCGACCCCUUUUGCAUGAGUUCUUUGAUGAAAGAGAAACCUGGGAUAUAUUUAAGCAGUUCUUAUGGGGUCCAGCAUUUAUGGUUACACCUGUAUUGGAACCUUAUGCUGACAUUGUCUAUGGCUAUGUCCCUAAUGCUCGGUGGUUUGACUACCAUACAGGCGAAGAUAUUGGUAUCAGAGGACAAUAUCAUUAUUUUAACGCUUCUUAUGAUACAAUAAACUUACAUGUCCGUGGUGGCUACAUCCUACCAUGUCAAGAGCCUGCUCAAACCACAGUUUUCAGUCGACAAAAUUACAUGAAGCUCAUCGUUGCUGCUGAUGAUAAUCAGAUCGCAGAAGGAUCUCUGUUCUGGGAUGAUGGAGAUACUAUAGACACCUAUGAAAGAGACAUAUACUUAUUGGUACAAUUUAAUUUAAACCAGACCACUUUGACCAGCACUAUAUUGAAAAGUGGUUACAUAAAUAAAACUGAAAUCGUGCUUGGAUACAUCCAUGUGUGGGGCAAAGGAACGAAUAGUGUCAACGAGGUUAAUCUAUUAUAUAACGAAAAUACAGUGUCACUUAAUUUUACCGAAGAACCAGAUAAGGAGAUAUUAAAUAUUGACCUGACUGGCAAUAGUGUUACUCUUGAUGACCCAAUAGAAAUCUCCUGGUCGUGA